CUCGAAGCAACAGCUCCGUCGCCCGAGUUAUAUAUAAGAAGAAAAUAAAGAGAGUUAUAACAGAAUAUUAGAGCCUAGUUUAAUUACGAGUUCUCCUCACCAACCAUCCAACUAGGAUUAAUCUAACAGGUUGUGGGCCAGCUCGCUGGAAUAGAGGAAGAACCGAGAAGAAGACGACUCAGAAGUUUUUAUUUUUAUCUUUGUUCAGAGGAAAAUAAAUCAGACGUAUCAGAGGUCUAGAGGACAAAUUUCAGAAGAAAACAGGAAAAGAACAUCAGAAGCGUUAUGUCUGAUUGGAGUCUUUCAGACCCAUUACCAUCAAAUGAGAAAGAGGUGGCCAACGAAGGCAACGAAAAUCAAGUGGACGAUCAUUUGAAUAUCCACCAAGAUUCAGAUAUAGAAGGGUAUACACCCCCGGGUACACCCUCAAAAAGAGAUAUGGAGGGAAAGUCUCAACCUACUGACUCACAAAUGGAGUGGAGAAUGGAUAAUCUGGAGAAUGCUCUCGAGAGACACUCCGAUAUACUCGACAAUCAUGCUGAAAUAAUCAGAGAUCAAACAGUAGCCAUACUCGAUAUGAAGGAAAAUAUUGACAACCUAAACACCGUCAUACAGAAACUCACAGAACAAAUAGGAAAAUUAACUUCAGAGCUGGAAUCAGACAGACGCAAAUCAGACGGUCAGCCUUCAGACGACAGGCAAAAAAAUUGCAGCUAAACAGGCGAUAAUCACAGACAAGUGUUAUCGCUGCAAUAAGGUGGGACACAGAGCAGCCUUUUGUCCUCUUAAAGAGUACAAUCUAUGGUACUGCUUUUAUUGCCAGGCUGUAGCUCCACACAAAGGGGAUAAUUGUCCAAAUAAGGACAAUCCCAAAGAUGGGUAUGUAAAAUCUUAUACA